AUGGCCAAUGCGGCAAAUGAAUCCAGGAGAUCCUCUCUCAGCAAUCGAGGUUCCCCGAGACUGGGGAGAAUGCCUUCCGACCGUCGUCGUUCACAAGUCGCUAUGGGCCUCAACCUGAACGACCCUACUCUUCCAAGCCCCGGCGAACUUUCCAGCAGCGACCCUCGAGUCAACUUGAGCCACAGUUUCGUGUCCGCAAGUCCUCCAACCAUCGGUGGGCGGCCGGCAAUCGCCACGGGCGACCCUCAUCAUCAGCGUCAGCCCAGCCUCGGCGAUAUUCACAACGAGUUGGAACAAGAGCAGGAGGCACAAGUGAAUAGAAUGCUGCAAAUGAUACGAGAGCAACAGCUUCAACUGGAGGCUUUGAGGACCAGUCAGGUAGACCAGCAAUCGGCCCGCUCAUCACAACCCACCUCAGCUGUCGCCGGCAACAGUACCGCAGUCGUCGACGACGAAACACCUGCUUCGGAACGCUCAAUUUCCUUCCCUUCAAUACAUCCCGCUGUUCCGCUGGUUCCACAACCGAGACGCUUCUCCCGUGGCCCGUCCAGUGCAAGUCGUUCCCCGGCUCUACGACCUUUGCAGAGUGCAGGUCAUGAAUCCAGCCUCGGAACCAGUGGUGAUUGGCCUCCUUCUCCCGUUGAAAGCGCCGCAAGACGGAACAGUUUUCGUGACGAAAACGCCUUUUAUCAAGCCGAGACCGCCAAUCUCACGCGUGAGAACCAAAUGCUCCGAAUGAGAAUCCGAGAACUGGAGAAGCAACUGAGUGAGCUGAGUGCGGCCCCAGCCAACACUCCUUCCAUCCCGAGCAACUUGGUGUCGAGCCCACCUGUAGAAGCCCAAGAAGAGGCAUCUGCUGCGGCCGAUAUCGCGAGGAUCACCACGGAGUCCGAGAAGAUUUGA